AGAGCCGAAGAUUUCGUCUCGGUCAUGUGAUCAGCUGUGUCCAAUCAAAGCUGAUCUCGUAGGGGACAUGUACACUGAUCAUCAAGGCACUGAUGAUCAGUGUGCCCUGAUGAUCAGUGUAGCCCCAGCAGUGCCACCUGUCAGUGUCCAUCAAUGCCACCUGUCAGUGCUCAUCAGUGCCACAUAUCAGUGCCUACCAGUGCACAUCAAUGCCACAUAUUAGUGCUCAUCUGAGCUGCCUUUCAGUGUCACCUAUCAGUGUCAGUCAGUGCCACCUAUCAGUGCUGACUAUCAGUGCCCGUCAGUGCUGCCUAUCAGUGCCACCUAACAGUGCCUAUCAGUGCUGCCUAUCAAUGCCAUAUAUGAGUGCUGCCUUUCAGUGCCCAUCAGUGAUGCCUGUCAAUGCCCAUUAGUGCCACCUAUCAGUGCCAUCACUGCAG